AUGCUCGGCAGGUCCGGGUACCGGGCGCUGCCCCUGGGGGACUUUGACCGUUUCCAGCAGUCGAGCUUCGGCUUCCUGGGCUCGCAGAAGGGCUGCUUGUCCCCGGAGCGGGGCGGCGUGGGGCCGGGGGCCGAUGCGCCUCAGAGCUGGCCUUCCUACCUCUGCCAUGGCCUCAUCAGUUUCCUGGGGUUCUUGCUGCUACUGAUCACCUUCCCCAUUUCUGGCUGGUUUGCCUUGAAGAUUGUGCCCACUUAUGAGCGGAUGAUCGUGUUUCGACUGGGCCGGAUCCGCACCCCUCAGGGGCCUGGCAUGGUUCUGCUCUUGCCCUUCAUCGACUCCUUUCAGCGGGUGGAUUUGAGGACACGAGCUUUCAAUGUCCCUCCCUGUAAGCUGGCCUCUAAGGAUGGGGCUGUGCUGUCUGUGGGGGCCGAUGUCCAGUUCCGCAUCUGGGAUCCGGUACUGUCUGUGAUGACUGUGAAGGACCUGAACAUGGCCACACGCAUGACGGCCCAGAAUGCCAUGACCAAGGCCCUGCUCAAGAGGCCUCUGCGGGAGAUCCAGAUGGAGAAGCUCAAGAUCAGCGACCAGCUCCUGCUGGAAAUCAAUGAUGUGACCAGGGCCUGGGGGCUGGAGGUGGACCGAGUGGAACUAGCAGUGGAGGCCGUGCUCCAGCCACCCCAGGACAGCCCAGCGGGGCCCAGCUUGGACAGCACCCUCCAGCAGCUGGCCCUCCACUUCCUGGGAGGAGGCCUGUCCUCUGUGGCGGGAGGUGCCUCACCCCCAGGGCCAGCAGACACCUUGGAGAUGGUGAGCGAAGUUGAGCAGCCUGUCCCUCACGUUGGUGCUGGGCUCAGCCCAAAGCAGCCCGUGGCCGAGGGGCUGCUGAAUGCCCUGCAGCCCUCCCUGUCGGAGGCCCUGGUCAGCCAAGUCGGGGCCUGCUACCAGUUCAAUGUCAUCCUGCCCAGUGGGACCCAGAGUAUCUACUUCCUAGACCUCACUACAGGGCACGGGAGGGUAGGACACGGGGUGCCUGACGGUACCCCUGAUGUGGUGGUGGAGAUGGCGGAGGCAGACCUGCGGGCCCUUCUGUGCAGGGAGUUGCGGCCCUUGGGGGCCUACAUGAGUGGGCGGCUAAAGGUGAAGGGGGACUUGGCCGUGGCCAUGAAGCUGGAGGCUGUCCUCAGGGCCCUGAAGUAGCAGCUUUGGCUGACUGUCUAUAGCCCAGCCCCGAGUCUGGCGUCAAGCCAGGGGUCAUCGUGGAGGAGGCGGCACUGGUGCCACACCUUGGAUUGUUGAGGCCCUAAGAAGUUUCAGGCUCAGCCAGGAGCCAGUGAAUGGAGGCUGGCAGACACCAGAGGCUGGGAGAGACUGGUGCCUUGCCCUUCUCACUUCGAGGGCUUCUCUGGACAAGCCUUUGCCCAUCCCGGUCCUCGGCUGCAUGCUCAGCCCCGAGCUGGGUACACAGCGUGAUGACAAGAGAGCCAGGCCUGCUCCGCUCUGCUGGCUACCUGACUGGAGAGGCAGGGCCUACAGAGACAGCCUGACCGCAACGGGUUUGGUCCCAGUGUGAGGGAGCCAAGCAUGUUUCUCAGGUCCCAGCUCCAGAGUGGGGAUCAGAGUGGUCGAGUGGGGGAGAAGGAAGGCAGCCACCAAGAAGAGUCACUGCAGGGCAGGGAUUUGGGGAUCGAGCUGGGCCUGCCUCCCUGGUUGUCAUUUAGGCCCAGGCCAGUGGGCAGUGGGGAUGGAAAAGCGUGGGGCCUUCUCUGCCUCUGGCCCUGCUCCUGAAGAUGUCUUGGCUCAUCUCUCAGCUCCGUCUUGCAUGCCUGACGGGCUGGGGCCCAGGGCAGCAUGUAGGAGAGCCCUGCUGUUCCUGUGCUUUUUACCAGAGGUUUGCAAACCACUAAUAAAUGUGCUGUUUACAAUGUAUUGAAGAGAAGUGGGGGCAUGGGGGUGGGUUGGGGGGCCCCCUGAGGCCAUGCCCCUAUUGCCACCCAGGCAAGGACCAGGGCUGGGAGGCUGAUGCACCCUUAAUAUAUGUGUGUGAAUCACCCACAGUUCCCCUUCCUGCCAAGGGUUUCAGAGACCCUGGGGCAGGUGCAGGCUCUUCUGUUUCUCUUUGGGGUAGAGGUUCACCAGGAAAGAGAGGGUAUGGGUGUGUCAGGGCUGGUCCUGCAGACACCCUCCCAAGGGGCAGGGUGGGGAGUCUGAUCACAUUCAGGAGAUGAGUCAGGGCUGCUGUUAGCUCCCCAUCGAGUCAGGGCUGCUGUUAGCUCCCCAUCGAGUCAGGCCUGCUGUUAGCUCCCCGUCCUCUUUUCCCCCAGGGCCCCUGUUUCUCCAGCAGAGGAAGGGAAGGAACAGAAGGAACUGGGCCUGGAGGCCUGGCUGGGGCUUUAGCCCUGGGAGCCCGGCGCAGCUUUCUGCUCCAGUGCUCCAGCCCAAACCCCAGGGACCCUGGGAAGGGGACUUUUACUUCUUCAGCCCUAAGAAAUGAAUCUCACUUCCUGGAAAGGCUUGUGAAAAAAGAAACCCACAGAAAUCGGGACCUCCCCUUUGCGAAACAGCCCUGGGCUUGUCCUUUGGCACCAGGCUGUUCCCCUUGGGGCCUCUCCAGCUCCCCUGGCACCAGGCCCCGGCUGCUUUUCCCCUUUGUUCCUGUGAGUGCCUGCCUUUCUGCUCCUCUGAACACUUCACCUUCAGUACACAGUGGUCUGCAAAUGUGAAAUUCAUCUCCUCCUAUCAAGGCUUUAAGAUGCUUUCUCUGGUCUAAUUGCAUUGGCUGGCACGGAGGAGGGCACUUUGAAGAAGGAAGUGAGAGGAUCAACCAGAAAAAAGCCAAAUAUGCACUCCUAACCCACCACACAGGAUGUCCCGCUUCUAGUCAGCCCACCUACAGCUCGCCUAUUGCCAACGGCCUCGCACAGGGGCACACCUGAAGCCUCCCCGUUUUCCUCCAGAAAGCUUUUGCAUGCCUCCGCCUGCCUUUGAGUCUCGGCCAAACACAAGGGAUGGGGGAUGACUCCCUUCCGAAGCAAGCUUCCGAUAAAUAGCCUUUGCUUUUCUCAUCUGGAAGAAAAUGAAAAUACAAACUCCAGAUUGGGAGAAAAUAUUUGCAAAACACGUAACUGAUAAAAAACUUGUGUCCAGAAUAGAUAAAGAAGUCUUCCAACUCAGUAAGAAGACAGAUGUUUACCCAAGAAAAAUGAAGAUGUAUGUCCACUCCGAGAUCUGUUUGUGAAUGAUGACAGCAGUUUUCUUCAUAACGGCGCCAAACUGGAAAUGACCCAAAUAGUCAUCUUCUGGACAAAGACACUGCCGCUCACACAGCUGCCAUCCCCGAGCAGCCUGGGACGGCUCUCCAACACCAGACAUCAGGCCUUUCAGUCUUUUCAUCUCACAAGGCUACAUGGGAAGGGCCUCUUCUGUAGUUGAGAAAAGUGGUUCAGAGAGGGGAGGCGACCUGCCCGAUGUCACAGGGCAAAGAAGGCUUGGAACCAGGACUGCAGACUUCCCCCCAGCUGUGCUGCCUCCUGCUGGCUCCCCCUGGAAAGCUUAGGGGGCCGCACAACCUGGCCCCAGAUCAACAGCCCUCGGCCGGAGCCCCACCGUGAGUGCUCAUCUCGGGGUCGGCAUGGAUGGGGCUCCCCCAGCGCUGCCAUGUUUGGCUAGGAAGGUGACACGGGGCGGGGCGCAGGCACCCUGUGCGGUUCGCACGCCUGGCCCCGCGGGGGGAAGCGGGGAGGGAGGUGGGCGAGCGCUUACUGGACAAUUUUGCAGUUUGUGGCAGAGGCGUAGCGGCCUGUGUAGUGAAUGCUGCAUCUCACCACGUUGUUGGUGAAGUCUGACUCCAGAACGAUGUACUUCGGGUUCACGUGGACCUGCCGAAGGAGGGAAAAGGGAUCUGGUCAGGGGGCUGCCCUUCACCCGGGCCCCAGGCUGGGUGCUGGGGCUGCAGACAGACAGACAUGGAGGCGACAGAGAGGAGGAGACAGGAAGGUGGAGAAAGACCACUUGAGACCAAGAGCUAUGGAGACAGAGACCCACUGAUGCAGAGACAUGGAGAGAUGCGGAGAGAGGAAA